AUGAUAAACAGAUACUACCUUAGGGAGAAUCUUGACAGAAAUUUCCCACUGGCGCAGGAGAUCAAUGAACCUAUGGCUUUUGAGUACGCUAGGGCUUAUUGUAGAGCAUGGCACAGAGGACAACUGGCUUCGUUUCUUGAUUCAGUCCAAAUAGAAACUUUUAAAACACUGAUACGUGAAGGAAUGAAAGCAUGGAUCGGGCUGUUUUACAAUGGAUCAGAUUAUGUUUUUGAUGAUGGGCGUAAAUACUGGGAAAACAGUCAGUUGAAAAGCAAAGUGGGGACGCCUGAUUAUCAAGCUUGUUUUGGUGUUGAAAAGUCAGGGAACUUAGGCGCAACGCGCAGCUCUUAA